CAAGGUUAACUCACAUCACACCUCACUUCCAGAACCCUCCAGGACCGGCAAAGAUAGAAGUGUCAACAGUUACAGCAGCCGUAGCCAAAGAUGCGUCAGCGGCGUUGGAGGGUAUGCUGACGUAUGUGGGGGAGAUGGGCCGCUACCAGAGACUGCUGUUUGUGAUGAUGCUACCGUUCGGCUUCGCGUGGGCCUUCGGGUACUUCGGGCAGAUGUUCCUCACCGCCACCCCGCAGCAGCACUGGUGCCGGGUGCCUGAGCUGGAGAGUCUGGAUAUGGAGUUGCGACGGAAUCUCUCGAUACCUCGAGCCACGACCGGGGAGGGCUACGACACGUGUCUCAUGUACGACGCGGACUGGGGCCAGGUGCUCGCUACCCUGACCCCGCCGGACCCCGGCACUCCGACCGUCAAGUGUCGGCACGGCUGGGAGUUCCAGCUCGAUGACAUCCCGUAUCCGACUAUUGUUAGUGAGCGUGAAUGGGUGUGCGACAAAGCGAACCGAGUGCCAUGGAGUCAAACAAUCAGUUUUAUUGGAACAAUCGUGGGUGGCAUGAUCAUGGGCCGCAUUGCUGACAAGUUCGGAAGACUACCUGCCCUCAUAUGCGCUAACACCCUGGGUUUCUUCGGAUCUCUAGGAACAACCUUCACAGAUGGAUUCUGGGAUUUCGUGAUUUGCCGGUUUUUGGUCGGCAUGUCCAUCGAUACUUGCUUCAUCAUGUUGUAUAUUAUUAUAAUGGAAUACGUGGGAACUACUCACCGGACAUGGGUUGCGAAUCUGUCCAUCGCGAUGUUCUUCGGAGGCGGAUGUGUUCUGCUGCCGUUCAUGGCUCUGUGGAUCUCCAAUUGGAGAACACUUUCCAUAGUGAUGUCUAUUCCAUCGCUGUUGGUUCUCUUAGCACCGUUCACUAUUCCUGAAAGUACCAGAUGGUACGUGUCGCGAGGAAAAGUUGAAAAAGCUGUAAAAAUGUUACACAGAUUUGAGAAAGUUAACAAAACCAAAAUUCCCAAGGAUGCAUUAGAUGAGUUUGUUACAGUGGCCACGGCAGCUCAAGAAUCGGGAGACAGUAUUAAGAUCCUCUUCAAGAUCCCGUCUUUGAGAACAAUGUUGCUAUUGCUGAUGAGCACGUUUAUGGCAAUAGCCGUGAUCUUUGACAUCCUCAUCCGUUUGUCUGAGACCCUCGGGGGAGACUUCUUCAUCACAUUUGCUCUGGCAUCUGCCACGGAAAUUCCAGCCACCUUAGUCGUGAUAUUACUGCUUGACAGAUUUGGCCGACGCCUGUUAGUAUGUUCACCACUUGUAGUAGGUGCAGUCCUGUCUUUAACUGCUGCUUUCGUCCCUCGAGGCGUCCCCUCAGUUGCGUUGGCCAUAGCGGCUCGUUUCUUCAACAACAUGGCAUACAACGUGAUCAUCCAGUGGACGCCGGAGUUGCUGCCCACCACCGUGCGCGCGACGGGAGCCUCCUCCGUGCACGUCAGCGCGUACUUUACUGUUAUGUUGUCACCCUUCAUCGUUUACUCUGUGAGUAUCCUCGUCAUCAACAUUAGCAAAUUAAUGUGCACUGCUGUGCGGUCCACCGAUGUCUAUCGUCCACUUGAGCACUGACCUUGUUGUUCCCUGUGAGUUUUACCUCCAUCAUAAACC